UUUUUUAGGAACUCCCUGCACCAUUAUUUGAUUAUCAUUGUAAAAAAGAAUUUGAUGAAGAUACAUGUAAUCAUAAAACACCGGAAACUAAUACUGAGAUGAAAAUAGCUUGGCGUUACCAGUUACUACCCAAGAUGGAGAUUGGACCAGUGUCAUCUUCAAGAUUUGGUCAUUAUUAUGAUGCAUCAAAAAGAAUACCUCAGGAACUACUUGAAGCUUCAAAAUGGCAUGGAUUUUUUCUUCCAGAAAAAGUAUCUUCAACUCUUAAAGUAGAACCCUGUUCUUUGACCCAUGGCUACAUAAAGCUGCUUCAGUUUAUUCAGAACAUCAUUUAUGAGGAAGGAUUUGAUGGAUCCAAUCCCCAGAAAAAACAGAAAAACAUUUUAAGAAUAGGAAUUCAGAGCCUUGGCUCACCCUUAUGGGGAGAUGACAUUUGCUGUACAGAAAACUGUGACAACAGUCACAGCCUUACCAAGUUCCUCUAUGUUCUCCGUGGUCUUUUAAGAACCUCUCUGUCAGCCUGCAUCAUCACAAUGCCCACACAUCUUAUCCAGAGUAAAACAGUUAUUGCUCGUGUUACAAAUUUGUCAGAUACAGUAGUUGCUCUGGAAUCUUUUAUUGGUUCUGAAAGAGAAACCAAUCCAUUAUAUAAGGAUUAUCAUGGUUUGAUUCAUAUACUGCAGAUUCCUCGGCUUAAUAACUUGAUUUGUGAUGAAUCAGAUGUCAAAGACUUAGCUUUUAAAUUAAAGAGGAAGCUAUUCACCAUUGAGCGACUACAUUUGCCUCCAGACCUGUCAGACACAGUGAGCCGCUCAAGCAAACAGGAUCUGGCAGAAUCCGCCAAGCUGCUGGGCCCAGGCUGUGGCAUGAUGGCCAGAGGCAAGAAGCACCUGGACUUCUAGGGAUUCCUCCUUAGUUGUUGCGUGCAGAAUUAUAUGACACUCUAAUUAUGAUUGCUAAUAGCUUGUGUAAAUAUUUUUCUUCAUGAUUUGACCUCCAAUCCUUGGGAAACACAGGAUUACAAAAUGGAGUACCAUUCUUCAUUAGCAGAAAUAAUAUAGGAGAAAUACUUUUAUCUUGAAAUUGUGCUUUUGCUGUGUUUAAAGAAAAUGGGUAAUUUGAUUUUAAAUAAAUACAAAAAAUGUCAAGAU